GAGAGAGACGGUGUUUAGAUUUUUCGGACCUUUUAUAUGUCACCAUUUUUCUACUUUCUUCUCCUCUGGUCUUCUUGCCUCUCUCUCUCUCUCUCUCUCUCUCUCUCGUUCUGACUUGCGUUUCUCACACUUCUCCGGCGAAGUUUUGACGGAGACGGUAUUGGAGAUUGAAGAAAGAGAUAAUUUUGGAAAUUAGGUCUAUUCGAUCAAAAAAAGGAGCGAUGAGAGGUGUAAAUAACAGUGUUGAGACUUUAAAUGCUGCCGCCAAUGCGAUCGCCGCCGCUGAGAGUCGAGUUCAGCAGACCACGGUUCAGAAGAGAAGGUGGAGUAGCUGCUGGAGUCUAUACUGGUGUUUCGGAUCACAUAAACAUGGCAAGCGAAUUAGCCAUGCAGUCCUCAUUCCUGAACGAACAUUUCCAGGAACUGUUGCUCCUGCCACUGAGAAUCCAGUGCACCAGCCUACCAUAAUGUUACCUUUUGUUGCUCCUCCAUCGUCUCCUGCUUCUUUUUUUCAAUCAGAACCUCCUUCUGCUACCCAGUCACCAUCUGGUUUACUCUCUCUCAACACCUUUUCUUACUCUCCAAGUGGGCCCGCCUCUAUUUUUGCGAUUGGGCCUUAUGCACACGAGACUCAGUUAGUAUCGCCCCCUGUCUUCUCAACCUUCACAACUGAACCAUCUACUGCUCCCCUUACUCCUCCUCCUGAAACUGUUCAGAUGACAACACCUUCGUCACCUGAGGUGCCGUUUGCUCAGCUGCUAACCUCAUCAUUAGACCCCAAUCACAGAACAGGUGAGACAUGUCAGAAAUUCCCUAGUUUCAACUAUGAAUUCCAAUCAUAUCACCUGUACCCUGGAAGCCCAGUUGGGCACCUCAUAUCGCCUAGCUCAGCAAUCUCAGGUUCUGGAACCUCAUCUCCAUACCCUGAUUGCGAUUUCUUUGCUGGAGGACAUCCUUUUCUUCAUUUUGGAGCAGGGGAGGCCCCCAAGAUCUUGAACAUCGGAGGGCUUUCUAACCGUUACUGGGGGCCAGGACGAGGCUCUGGCUCUUUAACGCCAGAUGUUGCUGGGCCAACUUCUCGAGACAGUUUUAUUCUUGACAGUCGGAUGUCAGAGGUUGUAUCUCUUGCAAACUCAGAAAAUGGAUCCCAAAAUGGUGAUGUUGUGAUUGGUCAGAGAGUUUCAUUUGAGUUAACCGCCGAAGAUGUUGAGGUUGCAAUGGUUCCAAGCUGUGUGGAGAUGGCCCCUGGAACAUUGGUUGAAUCUGCAACAGAAGCUCUACCAGAUGCAGCAGCAGCAACGUCCACAUCUCAAAAAGGUGGCGUUUCAAGUGAAACAGGGGAUGCUUUUGAGUGCCGUGCUGGGGAAACAUCAAAUGACAUGCCUGAGAGAGCUUCAGGGGAUGAAGAAGAGGAGCAACAGGAGAAGGAGAAGCAUGUUGCACAAGUUUCUCUGAAGGAAUUCAAGUUUGACAACGCAGAUGGAGGGGUGUCUGACAAGCCCACCAUUAGAUCAGAUUGGUGGGUCAAUGAGAAGGUUGUUGGCAAGGAGUCUGGCCCCUGUACUAAGUGGGCUUUCUUCCGUAUGAUGCAGCCAGGAGUCAGUUAAUCUACAUAAACAUGUCAGAUCAUCAAUUCCAGCAUUUGUCGAUCAGAGGAGUUUGCCAGCACGUCAGAAGGGGAUAUGAAGCUGGGUCAGCAGCUCCAAUGGAAGUCAAAGUCAGAGAUAAUAUACAGUGAACAAUAGCAAUUGUGAGAUCCUCUCACCAGAGGGAGUUGGGGGAGAAGGGGGAGGGGAGAAACUUUCUACUGUAACUGCUUAUAUGUUCCACAUAGCCCAAGUCUCUGAAACUGGAGGGUUGUUUUUGCACAUCCCCACCAGAAAGAUUAUACAAAACGGAAUGAUCUAUGAAUUCUAAGGAUAUGUCAUAUGUAGCAUGAGAUAAUGUAUAAAUUUUCUUUUCCUGAAUUUGAAGCCUGAAACUGAAAACUAACAUCUUUGUUUAUCGUUCAUAUAUGUACUCUGUACAGGGGACUGAAACAUUUUUCCUCUUUUA